UCAGUGCUACGGGAAACGUGUGCAGAAACAAGGUAAGUCACGUGGCUCAGCGAGUCCGUGUCGUACGUCUGUCUCGUGCGUUAGACGGAAAUAGGGACUUUUCACUCGAAUGGAGUUUUCUACUCAAUUUACGCUGUGAAAUGUGUGGAAUCUGGGCUUUGUUUGGCAGUGAUGAGUGUCUGUCGGUCCAGUGCACCAGUGCCAUGAGGAUCGCUCACAGGGGCCCUGAUGCCUUCCGCUUUGAGAAUGUCAACGGCUUCACCAACUGCUGUUUCGGCUUCCACCGGCUGGCUAUUGUGGACCAGCUGUAUGGCAUGCAGCCCUUACGCAUCAAGAAGUUCCCUUUUUUGUGGCUCUGCUACAAUGGAGAGAUCUACAACCAUCGCACGCUGAGCAAGGAGUUUGACUUUGACCACCAGACUAAAGUGGACGGUGAGAUCUUGCUGCACCUGUAUGACCGCUUCGGCAUCCAGAAGAUGGCUUCCCUCCUGGACGGUGUCUUUGCCUUCAUUCUGCUGGACACUGCCAACCGAAAAGUCUUUCUGGGAAGAGACACGUACGGCGUCCGGCCUUUGUUCAAAUUCCUCACGGACGACGGAUUUCUCGCAGUCUGCUCCGAAGCCAAAGGACUCACAGACAUCACCCGUGCUACGGCGUCCCCUGCCAACAUCGUUGCCCUUCUCCCUGGCCACUUCGAGGCCUUUGAUUUGAAGCAGAGCGGAAAGGUUCAGUCGGUUCAGAUGGAGCCGUUUCACUGCUGCACUAAAGAGCCCGCCCAUGCCGUCUACGACACCGUGGAGAGACUGCCUACGAGUUCUGAUGAGGAAACGGUGAAAGGCAACAUCAGAGCCCUGUUUGAGAAUUCUGUGAGGAAACGUCUCAUGGCUCAAAGGAGAAUUGGCUGUCUUCUGUCAGGUGGUCUGGACUCCAGUUUGGUUGCUGCUACGCUGGUGAAGCUGGCCAAGGAGGAGAAGCUGCAGUAUCCCAUCCAGACCUUUUCCAUCGGGUCGGAGGACAGUCCAGACGUCUUGGCUGCUCGUAAGGUUGCAGCUCACAUCGGCAGCGAACACCACGAAGUGAACUUCACUGCAGAAGAAGGCAUCCAAGUUGUGGAGGAAGUCAUCUAUCACCUGGAGACCUAUGACAUCACCACUGUACGCGCCUCUGUUGGGAUGUACUUGAUUUCCAAGUACAUCAAGGAGAAGUCCGAAAGUGUGGUGAUCUUCUCUGGAGAGGGCUCUGAUGAGCUGACUCAGGGAUACCUUUACUUCCACAAGGCUCCAACUCCCAAAGCGGCCGCAGAGGACAGCGUUCGGCUGCUGAAGGAGCUCUACCUGUUCGAUGUCCUGCGUGCGGACCGCACCACUGCUGCACACGGUCUGGAGCUCCGAGUGCCGUUCCUGGACCACAGACUCACAGCAUACUACCUCUCCCUGCCCGAGGAGAUGAGGACCCCCAAGCAUGGGGUGGAGAAGCAUCUCCUGAGGGACUCCUUCAAGGAUCUCAACUUGAUCCCAGAUGAGAUCCUGUGGAGGCGCAAAGAGGCCUUCAGCGACGGUAUGAUGUCAGUGAAGAAGUCGUGGUACGUGUGCCUGCAGGAGCACCUGGAGUCCAUGGUGAAUGACGACCAGAUGGAGAAGGCUUCCAAGACGUUCCCUCACAACCCGCCGGCCACCAAAGAGGCCUACUACUUCAGGCAGGUGUUUGAGAAGCACUACCCCGGCCAGGCCGAGUGGCUCUCCCACUACUGGAUGCCGCGCUGGACCAACGCCAGCGACCCAUCGGCCCGCACCCUGGCCAUCUACGAACCUGAUAAAGAGCAGUGAUUCGCUGGAGCAGCCGUGUGGGCGCAUUCUACCCGUGUCAUACUUUGUGUCAUAGUUAGCUUCACUUUGUUAAACUCCGAUUGACUUGAGCUUAUUUGGAGCGAGUUGUGCUGAGCGUGUCGUACUCGUGUCCCUCCUUGUGAUGGAGUUUGUUAGGCUCAGCUGAAGUAUCGAUGAGUCGGACCUGCGGCUUUAGGGGGUUGAUCGUAAAGACAUGGGACGCGUCACAGCUUUGUCCCCACUGGCAGCCCAUCAUGUCAGGGUUGACUUUAUUCAGUGAACCCGUUUUACAAUCUGAAAAUAAAACUAUAGAACUGGGUGGCAGCAGCCCACGUGAAUGAUGAGCCGUUAGGGGGCUGGUAUUAAUAAAACAAAAUGUAUAUGCAUAUCAGUUUGCAAUGUCUGGCUAAUACUUUCGAAGGCACAAACAGCCCUGAUUGGCAAAUAUUAAGUUUAAUGUGUCAGUUUGAUACAUAAUAUUCAGUUAAUGAAUUUUGGCCGUUGCCAUCUUGGUCUUUGUCCGUCAAUCACCUUGUAGCCCCGCCCAAAGCACUGACCUGAGUUCCACACUUCAGGCCUCAUAGGUGACCUUAGGCGUGAUGAUAUUGUACAUGUAUUUGAAUAGCUUCAGACUAUCACUGGACUUCAUACCCAUGUGCCGUGUGUCUCCACGGUGGUUUAGUUUAACCUCAAAUGGAUUUAUUUUGAGCUGCUGACUGGCAGAUUACAAAAUGUGUGCGAGACAUUGGUGCUCUGGUCCGCAGCCGGGCUGUUUGGAUGCAUCAUGUUGUCCACCUCACAUCAUGUUGUCCAGCUCACAUCAUGUUGUCCACCUCACAUCAUGUUGUCCAGCUCACAUCAUGUUGUCCACCUCACAUCAUGUUGUCCAGCUCACAUCAUGUUGUCCAGCUCACAUCAUGUUGUCCACCUCACAUCAUGUUGUCCACCUCACAUCAUGUUGUCCACCUCACAUCAUGUUGUCCACCUCACAUCAUGUUGUCCACCUCACAUCAUGUUGUCCACCUCACAUCAUGUUGUCCACCUCACAUCAUGUUGUCCAGCUCACAUCAUGUUGUCCACCUCACAUCAUGUUGUCCAGCUCACAUCAUGUUGUCCAGCUCACAUCAUGUUGUCCACCUCACAUCACCGCCUCCUGCCCAACUGGGUUUCUACUUGUUGCUGCUGCUGAAAUAAAUUCACUUCUGACGUG